AUGACGUCCUUUUCUGAACAUUCACCACUGCUGCAGAAGGUCCCGGUCGAGGAUGAGGUUACGCGGCGGGGUCCUUGCGAGCUCAAUAGCCGUGACAGGAUGGGCAUCCUUGUUGGUGCAUGGAUCGCGACAUUUCUCUCGCUGACCGCGCACUUGCGCUCCCCAGUGGUACCAUCCAUCUCGUCCGAGUUCCACAAGUCAAAUCAGGCCAGCUGGCUUGGGACGUCCUAUCUCCUCGCGACAUGCACCUUCAUGCCCUUGUAUGGCCGCCUCUCCGACGCCAUGGGACGUCGAGCGGCAAACCAGACAGCAAUCCUACUGACCGCGUUGGGAACGUUAGCUUGCGCACUGGCUCCCAAUAUGGAGCUGCUGAUUCUGGCGAGAUUUGUCGCUGGACUCGGCGGUGGAGGGAUCAUGACCACGACUACCAUCGUCGUAAACGACCUCUACAGUCUCAGGAGCCGCGGACUGGCGCAGGGCGUAAUGCGGGUCUUCGACGGACUCGGUAUGGGUUUGGGAGGGCCCAUAGGCGGCAUAAUCACCGACCGACUGGGCUGGCGGUGCGCGUUCCUCGGUCAACUGCCAUUGUUCGCGUUGUCGUUCUCGUUGAUAACGUGGCACUUGAGCUACACGGUAUCGGACGAGCACGAGGAGAAGCGGAAUGUGCUAUCGCGGGUCGAUUGGUGGGGAUGUAUGACCCUGAUGCUUGCGUGGGCCGAUCCCCAUGUUGUCAUCCCGCUCUACCUCUCCCUCGCCUUUUUCGCCCUCUUCCUCCUCGUCGAACUCCGCGUCGCCCCCGAACCCGUCCUCGCCCCCUUCCUGCUCAAACAAGCCGUCCCCGUCCUCACCGGCAUCAGCAACUUCCUCGUCGCCGCCUGCAACUACUCCAUCACCUUUUACUUCCCCAUGUGGUUUCAGACCGUCAUGCUAGCUAGCGCGAGUACGGCGGGCUUGCAUUUAUUGCCGCUGAGUGUGGCGAUGAGCGUUGGGUCGAUGCUCGCGGGAUAUGUGAUGCAUAGGAGUGGGCGGUACAAGGCGCUCAAUCUGACGUUUGGUAUCCUGCCGUUGGUCUCGACAGUGUUGAUCUACCUCAUCCGGGAGGAUAGCAACGAUGCACAUCUAUGGCUGAGCAUCAUUCCACUUGGGUUUGGUAACGCUGUCGUGCUGCAGACGAUGCUGAAGAAAGACAUGGCCGUUGGAACAGGUUUCGGUCAGCUAUGGCGCGGUGUGGGCCAAGUAUGCGGCGUCGCCGUCUCCUCUGCUAUCUUUCAGUCACGACUAGAAACGGAGCUGCGUGCACGUAUAUCCGGCGACGAGCUGGUAACGCGUAUUCGACUCUCAGCAUCGUACCUCUUCAAGCUAGAUGAACCAACACAAAGACUGGCUCGGGACGCGUACAACGCGAGUCUGAAGUCAGUCUUCCUGUUUGCGAUGAUUGCAACUGGAUUAGCGUAUACGGCGCGGUUGUUUAUCCCUGAUAAGAAGUUGGAUCAGCAAUGCCCGAAGGUGGAUCCGCCUGCGUACCGCUCUGUCCCACCUUCAGACCAAGGCGACACAGAGUCCAUAGCAGGCACUUUGACGACCAUUGACGAAGACGACGAAGCAGAUAUGGACAUGAGAUCAAGUUUUGAAGAGCUCACGACCAGGACGAGACGAGAUUCGGAUGAUUAG